CUCUGGCAGAGCACUGCCAACGCUGGCUAACAGAUUGAAAGGUCCUUGGAUUUUUACAGGCUGAUGCUGUUGAAUUUUUCUACUUGUUUAAGAGCUUGGGUCAGAUGCAAUAAUCCCUUUUCCCAGUCUGGUUUUUCUUCAUUGAUGUGCAGAAGGGAAUUGUUAUGAUAGAAAAUCCAGGAACAUGAUUUUUCCUGUAUCUCAAGGAGAAAACCUCAACGGUAUCAUCUCAGUAUGAGCUCUUGAGUUCUUUGAAGAUAUUGUGAACAUCAGGAGAGACUUCUCUUCUGCAGGUUCUUUGGAAGACAUAAACUGACCUUGAAACUGAGCAAAAUGAGUAGGAGAAAACAAGAAACCUUUCCUACAGAUGACAUCAGUGGACACAGCCUGUGAAGGUCUGUCAGGGUGUCUACAGAAUUGAUCCAGAAUCUGGUCCAUGGUGGAGAGAAAGCCUCAGCUGGUUUAGUGUUCUGAACCAAGUCAGUCCUUAGCCUGUGCCAUGAAGACAAGAAGGACUUUUCUACAUUGUGCAUAUCAAAGUUUUCAUCACUCUCUCACAACAUCCUUCUGGAAAACUCAGUGUGAGUUGGAUGAGAGGGCAGUGAUAGGGAUUGAGAACUGACUGCAGAGCAGAGCCCAGAGAGUCAUGAUCACACAUUGGAGGCCUAUAAUUAAUGGUGUCCCCAGGGUCUAAUGCUGGGCCCAGUAUCAUUUAACUCUGUCUGUGUAUGGAUCGUGGAGGACUGGGAUGGGUUUUGGUGGACCAGGAAAGGAGUUAGGAGGUUGAAAAUGAGUUUUCAGAGGGCUAGGAUUCAUUAUGGGGGGACCAGGAAUGUGUUCUUGGUUUUGUGGAUGGAUCUGGGGAGAGCAGGGCUGGAUUUGAGGGGGGCAGUGUUGGGUUUCAGGGGGUUCCUCCACUUCUGUUGUGACAUUAUGUGUUGUCACGGUGAUGUUGGAACCCACAGUGUUGUGAGGUUGGGUUGGGACAGUUAGGUGUCUCCAGUUCCCACUGGGUGCUGAGCUGGAGGAUCAUGGGACCCUGGUGAGGAGCCAGCCCACCAUGGUGACAUUGGUGGUAGGCGCCGAGUGCUAUGAUAUAAUGGCCAUGGUAGGGAAGGGGACCUUUGGACAGGUGAUCCAGGGGCAGUGCAGGAGCACGGGGGACAUGGUGGCUAUCAAGAUCCUGAAGAACUGUGAUCACAAUGGCCAAAUAGUGAAGAAUGAACUGAGGCUGCUGCAGGCCUUGCGGGAGGGGGACACGAAGGACUCUCACAUCGUCCACUUCCUCGAGUCCUUCAGUGACACGGUCUGGACCUACCUGGUCUUCGAGCUGCUGCAGCAAAACCUCUUAGACUUCCAAAAGCAGAACAACUUCUCACCGCUGCCAGUCCGACACAUCCGCACCAUCACAGCACAGGUGCUGAGGGCACUGGUCAAGCUGAAGGAGCUCUCCAUCAUCCACGCUGACAUUAAGCCAGAGAACAUCAUGCUGGUGGACCACGCACGCUAUCCGUUCCGCAUCAAGCUCGUUGACUUUGGCUCGGCUAUCCUCCUCCCCGAGAUCUGCCACGUCCGCGAGCCCUACAUCCAAACCCGCUUCUACCGGGCUCCGGAGAUCUUGCUGGGGUUGCCCUUCUGUGAGAAGGUGGAUAUCUGGUCUUUGGGCUGUGUGAUGGCUGAGCUUCAUCUGGGUUGGCCGCUCUACCCUGGCAAUAACGAGUACGACCAAGUGUGCUACAUCUGCUCCACCCUGGGGCUACCCCGGGCCGAGCUGCUCUGCGCUGCCCAGAAGACACGGUCCUUUUUCCAGUAUGUGCCGUGUUCCACUGCCACCUGGCAGCUCAAACCACCAGGGAGGGUGAUGGCAAAGCCGAUGGAGAGGAGGGAGCAUAUCUUUUCCUCGCUGGAUCAGUUGGCGGUGGUGAAUGUCUGCCCGAUGCCUGAUCCUGACCAGGAGGAGCUGGCCAAGCGCUGUGAUCUGUACAGGAUGGUGGAGCUGGUCAAGAGGAUGCUCACCUGGGACUCGCAUGAGCGAAUCACACCCAGUGCUGCCCUUCAUCAUCCCUUCAUCUCCAUGCAGGAGGUGAAGGCCGGCUUCGAGGCCACCCUGUACUACCAGCUCAGUCAGGAAGACCUGAGGGCAUCCUGUAAGGAUUCCAGCAUAGCCGAGGUCUUCCCUGGCACAGAGAAAGGCGCCUUCAUCCCUGCCAGCCAGGGAGGCAUCCAGAAGGCCUCUGCCCAGAUGGAUGGGCUCAGCCUGGCUGAGCCAGCUGGGGACACCAGUGACAAGCGUCAGCAGGACAUCUGCCAAGGCCCCAGCCCCACCCACCGUGGAAGCCAGUACUGUCAGCAUAACUGGUGCCCCCAGAUGGAGCCCACUGACGGUCACUUGUCUGUGCUGGGGUCUCCCAGCAAAAUGGAACCGUACAGCCACUGCAGUGGCAGCCCAGUCGUUGGUGGCAUUGUGGAACAGCACCUGCCUGGAAGAUGUGACAGCUCAUCCUGUGUCAAGGUACAGGGAGGGGGCUCCUGGGCACACGCACUCUGAGACAAAGGGUGCUUGGGGUUCCUUACUUACUUGGAUUUCCUGGUGCCAGGUGUCCCCAGGUGCCUGAGGUCCUCACAAAAAGGAGGUAACACUCACCCCCUCGCCAUGCUUCCCCUGUUCCCCACCACAGAGAGCUCUGGUGAUGUGGCGCAACCCCAAGCCUCCAGGGAUUUGGAGAAUGGGCUCAGGCUGGGCUGGGAUGUCCCUGCAGUGCUCAGCAUGCUCCUCCUACCACAGAGCCAGCAGUACUGAGACCCCACAGCAACCCUUGCACACACUUCAGCAGCCCAGAGUUUGCAAGAGACCUUCUUCUUCUUCACUUUCAAGCACCCCAACCGCCAAAACC